CACCCUCCACAUCUGAAUCAAACCAAAAUCAUUUGAAACAACAGGCCCCUACACUUCACUGUUUCUUUUCUCUCUUUGUUUCUCUUCAAGGACAAAGACCAUGGCUAAGCUUGUUUGUGUUCUGCUUCUAGCACUCAUUGCCAUUUCCAUGAUCGCAACACAGGUUAUGGCAAAAGAGAAUGCUCAGUAUCACUUGGACAGUGGGAAUUAUGGACCAGGGAGUCUAAAGAGCAAUGAGUGCCCAUCACAAUGCACUAGAAGAUGUGCACAGACACAAUAUCACAAGCCCUGCAUGUUCUUCUGCCAAAAAUGCUGUGCCAAGUGUUUGUGUGUCCCUCCUGGCUACUAUGGGAACAAGUCUGUGUGCCCCUGCUACAACAACUGGAAGACCAAGCGUGGAGGACCCAAAUGCCCUUGAAUGAUUUCCCACAGUUCAAACUUAAUUAAUUUUAUAUUAAUUAUAUUACUCAAAGAAGUGGAGCUAUAUAGCCACAGAUAUUUCUACUUGGGGGUAGCACACCUACUGCAGUUGGAUCAUCACUAUGACUAUAACCAUCAUGUUCCCUGCAAUGAAAUUAAUUAUAUCGUUAAUUUUGCUAUAGGAAACCUGUAUUGAUAUAUUUGAACCCCUCUUCCUAAACAAGCAACAGAGGGCUCUUCAUAUAAUUAAUUAAUUAAUAAAUUGUCUUAAUUUCUCA